CUUUCAAAAAAAAAUUUGGAGUCCCGACCAUAAAUGACGUCGUUCUCUUAAUUCCCAGCUCUUCCUUCUUUUUCACCCUCUUUGCAAUCACCUCCAUCUCAUCGCCUCCCAUCUCCAUCAACUCUUCCGAUUCCUUCAAUUUUUCAUACACAAUCCCAUUAUUUUCAGGCAUUAGCCUAGGGUUUGGAAUAGUGUGCUUACUUAUUGGUACAUACUGGUUGUACAAAAUUUUAGAGAAGAGAAGGAAAAAGAAACUCCAGAUGCAGUUCUUCGAACAGAAUGGAGGUUUAUUAUUGCAGCAACAACUUUCUUCAACUGAGGGUAAUAUUGAAAAGACCAAAAUAUUUAGUACCCAAGAGUUGGAGAGGGCAACUGACCAUUUCAACAGGAAUAGAAUACUUGGUCAGGGAGGUCAGGGCACUGUUUAUAAAGGAAUGUUGGUUGAUGGAAGAAUUGUUGCGGUUAAGCAGUCAAAAGUAUUGGAUCAAGAGAAAGUUAAAGAGUUCAUCAAUGAGGUGGCCAUUCUUACAGAAAUUAAUCACAGAAACAUUGUUAAGUUAUUAGGAGAGGAACCAAUUUCUUUAGCAAGGGCAGAAGGAGGAAGAAGUUUGGCCUCUCAUUUCAUUCAUUCCAUGGAAGAGAAUAGUCUCUUUAGUAUUCUUGAUGCUCGAGUUAGGGAGAGUUCUGCACAUGAAGAGAUAACAAAGGUCGCUAAACUUGCACAUCGAUGCUUGAGCUUGAAUGGUAAAAGGCGGCCAAAGAUGAUAGAAGUUGCUGCAGAGUUAGAGCAGAUUCGUCUUUUGCAAAACAAUUCAAAUGGUCAACAGAAUCAUGAAGAGGUUACGUAUGUCAAGAGUGAAGUAACCAAUCUCUGGGAUGGUACCUCGACAUCAAUAGGUUCAGGUUUGGACUCUGGAGCAUCUUUGUCCAUAGAUAUGCAGCCAUUAAUUUCCAAUAAAUCACGGGGAUUUAACUGAUUUAUCCUAGAAUGCGUUUAUUCCAUGUUGAGUAGCAUAAUAAGCUCUUUCUUUCUUUAGUGUUUGAAAAUUUGUAGUUCAUCUAAUUUUUAUUUUUGUUGCUUUGUGGUUUAAAGUUCAAAUAAAGUUUAUGCACUGCU